CGUGUUGGGUCCUUGGAGCUUUCGGUUCAAUUUGAAAAACUAAAAAAAAGAAACGCACAACAAAAUUGUUGUUAUUGUGAGAGAAAAUAAAAUUAUUAAUAUAAUAAUAAAAAUUUAAUUACUAAAAGCUAAUUAAAAGCAGUAAAUUAAAGUUAAAUAAAAAUUUAAUUAAUGUGCCAAAUUAUUAAGUAUAUACGUGUAAUAAAAAUACUGCAAAAUAAAAGCUAAAAAAUAAAGUUUUUUAAAAAAGGUUAAACACAUUUUAAUAAAAAGAAACAAAAACAAAACGGGAGUGUUCAUUGGAUUACAUGAGAGUGCCAAAUUUUGUUUGUAACUUUAGUGAGUUUGAAAAAAAUAAUAUAAGGAUUUAUGAUACAAAUAUAAAUCCUUUAACUGUAUACUUUUGCAAGGACCCCAGGAUUACCUGGCAAAAGUGAAAAGUGUUAAGUUUAAAAAAUUCUAAUAAGAAAUAAAGGAAAUAAAAAAAAAUCUAAAUCUAAACCGUAUUAAAAAGAUUUAAAAGUUGAUUGACUUAUGAAGGACUUUUGCUUAGUCUGAAUUUUGAAUAGCAAAAACAAAAAGAAUGUUUGUGAAAAAAUAAUACAAAAACGUUUGACAUUGAACUUGCAAAAAGUAAAAGAAGAAAGUGAAAUUUAUUUGUUAAGCUAAAGAAAUGUUAAGAGUUUAAAUUUGAUAAAAAUAAAUAAGACAACAUGUUAUUUUUAAGUGUCUCGAGCAGCUUAAUGCUGAUUUAUUUACUGCUGGCUUUAUGCUGCAAUAUACAUUCAGCUCCCACUCACCAUUUGACCAUAGGUGUCCAAGGCAAUACACCCACUUUAAUAGUAACCUCCUCGGAAAUUGGUAUAACCCCAGAAACUAUGGGUUCUCUAAAGAAGCCAGUGAAGCAUGAAAAUACUGAGAAGAAAUCCUUGAAAACUAAAUUAAAUAAAAAUCAUUCAGUGUUUGAUAAAAAGGAAAAAUUGCAAUAUCCAGCAAAACCUUUAAACAAAUACGCCAACUCAGAGGAGAAAUCAUUUGAGGUAAUCAAAUCAGCAAAAUCCUUGAGCAAACAAACUUCCUUGGAAGAAAAAUCAUAUGAAGUAAUGAAAUCAAUAGAAAAACAAGAAAAUAAGGAGAAAAUGUUUAAGAAGCUAAAGCAAACUAAACAUAACACUGAAACAUUGAAGGACCAAGAAACCACAACUCAAAAUCUUUUUGAUUUUAAAACAACUAUGAGUGUGGAAUCUACUACUACAAACACAGAGAAUGUAGAUAUUUAUCAAACAAAUUUACAAUUAACUUCUUUAACACCUACACAAAGCAAUGAUAUUCAAUCUGUAACUUCCUAUACAACUGUACAGCCCGAAGAACUGUCUACUACAACACCUCAGGCUAACACAGACAAAAUAUCUCCCACACCUUUGAAAUUUGAAGAUGUUGAUGAUCUUAAAAAUCCCCCAGCUUUAUCGACUAGUACCUUAAACCCUAAGGAUUUCAAUGACAUUACAACAGCAGCAACAACAACUAUUAAUUAUGAAGAUGGCACAAUUACAGCCACAAAUUCAAAGGCUUUAACAAAAACGCAAACAGAAACCGAAGCAAAUGUUGCUGUAGACGCACAGUCUGAGCAAACAACACAAAUUGUACAAAAUACAACCGUCAUUAAAACAGAAUAUGAAAAUGACAGCAAUAUCCAGGAUCCCGUUGCUACAGAAGAAAAUGAAAAUCUAUUGUUAACAACCAUAGAAACAAAAGCAUUUAACACUCCUACUACUACUACUACAGCGAUAACUGGUGGUGCUGCUGAUGCCAGUUCUUCGUCGCCCACUUUUGUCACCUUAAUAACAGACAAUGCAGAAGCAACAACUACAACAGAAAUGUUGUCUAUACCAUUAACAAUGACAACGACAGAAAAUGUUGUUGAUGACGAUAAUAACAAUAAUGAUAAAAAGAAAGAACAGCAGCUUACAACAAUAGAAUACUCAGAAACAGCUACACAUACAGCAACAACAGAAGUAGCUGAAAAGAAGAGGGAGAAGGAUAAAGAAACUGAAAAUCCUGUUGAAGCUGAAAGCCAAAGCAAUAAAAAUAGUGGUAUUACAAUUAAACCCAAACAGGAGUAUACGUUAGCAACAACUACCAAAGAACAAACUGAAAAUGAUGACUUCAAGUCAACUGAAAAUCCUGUACAAGCCAUAUCCGUGGCAACUAACCAGGACAACGUAAGUGAACAAAAUGAAAUUGUUACAGAAACAAUAACGGAAACGGAAGACAUAGUAACAACAACAAAUUCAACACCAUUAACUAUAACAGAACAACAACAACAGUCAUUCAGCACAUUUAAAACACAGCAAAAGGACUUGGAAACAACAACAGAAGCAGCCACCACUGAACCUACUACCGAGGCAGUUUUAAAACUGAUUGACUUGGAGAAACAUGUUCUAAAGACAAUUGAUGAAUUGAAGCAGCCCUCUUCAUUGUUAAUGGCUGGACAACAUGAUAAUGGUCAUGAUGGUUUGAAAAACAUAAAGAAAAAGCAAUUGAUAGACAAACAUUAUGUUGAGGCUUUAUUGCACAAUAAACAUGAUGUCCAUGUAAAGGAUUCUGCUGAAAAUGAAAAAUAUUUGCCAUUAACUACAACUGCUCCCACAUUGAGUCCUUCAAUUGCAGCUACUUCUACCACAACUACUAAUAAACCUUUGUUAAUGCCUAUAAAACAUGGCUAUUUAGGACCAAUUUUAAUGGAAGAAAAAACUUUUCAUGUCAUACAUCAUGCAGACAAAGCAAUGGCUUCCCGGCAAAAACAUUUAGCCGAAAUAGAGGCACAGCUACGAAAGGGUAAUUUUGUAGAGUUAAAAGCAAACACUGAAGUUUCCGAAGCAACUAAAGAACCAAUUAGCGAUAAUAUUAAGGAAAAUCUUGAUAUCAAAAACUUGUCCAUGGAAAUGCAAUCCGAUCAGCCAGCACAAAACUCCGAAACAUAUUUUGAAAUUAAAGAAAAUAUUGAGGAUUUGAAGAACAACAAAGAAAAUGAUAAACUAACUUUAAAGAAAACGCAAGCAAAUGCAGCUGAUACACUGGAUAUUAUAAGUAAAACAGAACCCACCUUGGAUAACCAACAAAAUACACUAACUACAAUCAAAAUUCCUACAGCGGAAGAUAUAGCAACAUUAAAAUCUUUACAAGAAUCAAAACAUUCAAAUUCAAACAUUAUUUCACCAAUGAAUGCAGAUGAAAUUCCCCAAGAUACCGAUAGCCCUGCAAAAUCAGCUUCUGUUUUAUCCACAACUGUAUUUCAAGUCAUAGACUCGAUGGCCACCAAGACACCCAUGCUGCAGGCCAACACCCUCUUCACCUCGGAAGAUAAAGAAAAACCUUCAGUUGAAAAACAGGGAAAAGAACAAACAGAAUCUAAAAUAUCGGAUAUACAAAUAGAGGUCUACGAUUCCACCAUAGAUUCAAUAAUAGCUUCGACAAACUUUAAAGAUGGCGAACAAGUACAAAAGCAAACUGAUGAAAGCUCUAUGGGUAAGACCACUAAACCACCAAUAGCGGCUAUACAACAGGAAAGGUUUACACAAUAUGUUAUAGAUCGCACGGAAACUUCAACACAGGAACCGAUUAACUAUAGCACCAUACAAUUAGCUAAUGGUAAGCCAGAACCAGCAGCCAUAGAAAUACACAUUAAUGUCUCCGAGUCAUUCGGAAAUGAAAGUGAGGAUUUGGAAUUCUCUUAUCCUCAAUCAGAAUAUAAUAACAACAACAAUAAUGAAAGGCUGGGAGAUGAGUCCUAUGACGAUAGUAAAGUCAAUGAUAAUAUCAAACUGAAAAUACCCUCUAAUACCAAUAAUAAUGGUAAGGAUUUGAGAAACGAUGAGAUACUGGUAGUGGAAAUUAUUGACACCGAUAAUAUCACAGAUUCCACCUUAAAACUUAAAUCGAAAAAUAAUGAUGAAUUAUUUAUAUCGGAUGUCAAAGAACUAUAUACUACUCCACCCCCACCACCACCUCCGCCACCUUAUCAAACGGGAUUUGAUCGAGAUUCGGAUACAAUUUUCUAUAUAUCCAAUACCGAGGUAAAAGUGGGCGAAUCUUUGCCCAACAAUAAAAAUGCCAAUGAGGAGCGUAAACUUAAACUAGAGUCGCAAUUUUUCCCAGCCAACUAUAUGGCCAGCACACAUCCCAAUGUUAAUAGUCGGGAAGAAAUAAAUGUUCCUCAUCAUUUGUAUGAAGAAGAUAUAAUACUUUCCUCCAGUCGUAAUCAAGCAGAUUCUUUGAAAAUCUAUCGUAAUCGUAAUGAACCCUCACCUCCACUAGAUGUAACAUAUGUAGGAGAGUCCAUAAUAGAAGUAGAACAAUCACCGGAUUCUGUUAUAACAACAACAGAUGCUCCCGAUCAGCAACACAAUGCAGCAGCAGCUGCCACCCCACAAGCAGAUGUUAUAAUACAACCAGCUAUAUUACCGGAAAUUUCUAUAGGGGUUCCUGUUAUCGGUGAAUUGCCACCACAGAUUGAACUAAAAGAAAUCGAUUUCAUGCCCAACGAAGCGCAAUUGCAUCGCUCAGGCAUAUACGACGACAAUGACAACAGCAACGGCAAUAACAACAACAACAUAAUGUUUAACAACGACAUAGACGAGAACACAAUAAGUGGUGGUGGCAACAGCAACCAUGAUAUAGACGUCGUUAACAGCAACGGCAACAACAACAAUCAACGGGUAGACGAGUCAUCAAUACAAUAUGGUGGUGACCUUAUAGAUGAAAGCGCUGACGGUGGUUUUGAUGGUGUCGAAGGUUCAUAUCCCUUUGGCAAUCCAGCCACAAUUGGAAAAUCUUCUUCCUCCCACUACUCAUCCGCCUUCCUGACAAAAUUGCGAAAACAACAGCAGCAACAGCAACCAAAUCACGUUGCAGACUAUGCACACUUGUAUGUCAACUAUGGCGUAAAUAAUAUGCGCAAAGAUGAGUUAAGUGCAGAUGUUAAAGACUCGGGGGAGCUGUUGCUUAUAGGCGGUGUUGGCAAUGGCAACGUUGCCAGUAACGAACAAAAUAUUACAUCCUUUAAAGACUUUCUAAACAAAGUAAGCAUGAGUAAUUCCAGCAUGCCAUUUCUGAGUGCGAAUACAACUCAAAACGAACGUAUGAGUAACGCAACAGCAUUUUCCGUUAUGGAGGAUGCCAAUGAUUUAGAGGAUAAAAAUACCGAAGACAUUAUAAAUUUGAUAUCGCUGGCUAUUGGCCUGUUCAUUGUAAUAUUGCCCGUUGUCGUUACCUGCAGUAUGUUCUGGGCAUUAAGAUACUUGUAUAAAAAAUAUCAUUCGAACUUAACGGACAGCGGAGGAUAUACGGAUCAAACAGAAACAAAAACUCCAUUAAAUGAAGAUGGUGUGGAAAAAGGCGAGUUUGUCCAUGAACCAUCCUCAUCUCCCACAAAUAGUAAUAAGGAUGCUAUAGAAAAAUAUCCAGAUACUUCCAAUAAACCGUCCACCACUGAAACUAAUGUUAAAUUUUCGACUGAAAAACCCACUUCUCACUUAGAGACCACUAUUAUUAAAACCAAUACAACUACCACUACUACUGCUACGACUAAUUCCAAAGCGAACGAUACUUUAAAACUUUCUUUAGCUCUGUCAUCCCCAAUAACACAAGAACAAGCCCAACUACCUCCUCCAACAUCAGCAUCAUCUCCUUCAAAAGUAACUUGUACUAGUGCAACAAUAACAGAACAAAUACUUACCGUCCAUGGUGAUGUUAAUAAUGAGAAUGGUGCUGGUGAUGAUGAUGAUGUUGUUGAAAUGCCAGGACCAAAUGGUUCAAUAACUAAAAUGACUAUGGAAAAUAAUCUUCUAAUAGUAGAGACAGAAGAGAGCAAUGAUAUUUCGCGAGUAGCUAGAGAAACCAAAAUGGAUUAUAAUAAAGAUGGCGUCUUUGUUGUGGAGGUAGCGAGGGGAAUAGACUCGAAAACUAUACCCGAAAGUCCAGUAACAGAUGGUUCAGAGAAAAUGCUUUCAAUGUUUGAAACAAAGCACAAUAAUGGUGGUUUGGGCUAUAAAGUAACGAACGAAAAGAAUUGUGUCAAUAAUGAAAAGGUACAAAUCCAUUCACCACCUCCAGAGAAUGGUGAAGAAGGACCAAGAAGUCUGCAUCAAAUAGAAGAACUAGAAGAGCCCACCAAUUCGCCUCAGCUUAAUGAGAACAAUGAUGAAGAAAUUGCGGGAUUAAAAUAUAAAGCCAAUACUGGUUUAUCGCAAUCUGAUUUGAGCACCACUUCUUCAAGUGAUUCCAAUAAGGGUUACUGUUAUGGUAAUCAGGAAUUGUAUGUGGUGGAACAAAGUGGUUAUGCCGCGUCAACUCCCAAUGGUAAUGUAGUCUUAAAGUGUGAUGUUAAGGAUAUCAAGGAUGAUGAUCGUAAUCCGGGAAAUGAUCAUUAUCUCAAACAUUCACCCGAUAAAAAGGAGGAGAGUAAAGAUCAAGAGGAUGUUGUAGAGACCACCAAAAAGCCGCAAGAAGGAGGCACGAGAACUAGUUCGGGAGAAUCACCGGCUCAAAAGCAAAAUGAUAAGCCUCAAGAAAAUGGAGAUAAUAUCAUUGAAACUGAGAAUAUACAAAAUUUACAACAAUUAGACAGCAACAAUUCAGAAAUCAAUAAGGAAAAAGGCGAAGAGGAGGAAGUUAAUAAUAAGCAAUUAGAAAAUGUCGAAAACUCGACCAAAUCUGAGCUGGAAAACCCAGCUAAAAUUCCUACAAUUACGCAAAAUAUUCCCAUACCAGUCGAGAUAGAAGUGCAUAUAACACCUGCUGAUAUGGAGAGCUCAAAUACAGAUGAAACUUCGACACCUCUAAAGUCAACAAUAACAGCUGACUCUCCUGUUUUGGAAGCAACUGAAAGUGUUACGGAACCUUUGAUUUUGGAAACGAUUCCUGUAGAACUAGAGGAUAAUCUAGCUGUUGAAACAUUACUUCCCAUUGAAACAACAAUACCCCUUAAUGAAACAACUUCUGCUCUUCUUGUAGAAGAGGAUGAAACUGGCAAUAGUAUUUCCGAUGAUUUGGCUAUUUUAGCAGUUCCUGAUAGAUUUUCCGAUAAAGAGACAUCUCAAGAAGAUAUCAGUUCAAUUAAGGCAAUAGAAAAUGACGCAGUUACUUUGGAAAAUACGGAUGAGCCAUGUGAAACUGAAGCAAUUGCAGAAGUUCCAACAGUAGAAAAACAACUUGUAGAGAAUAUGGAAGAGCAAUUAAUGGAAGUGAAGGAAGAAGUCACUAAACCAAAAUCAAUAGUUCCAACAGUUGAACCAAUUGCUGAAGUUCCAACUGUAGAAGAACAACUUGAAGAGAAUGCGGAAGAACAAUUAAUGGAAGAAAUUACCAAACCAAUUUCGGUAAAUGGAGAAGAAACAACUGAUAAUAGUACUCCGCAUAUAAAUGGAGUAUCUGAAAGCCUGGAAGCAGAAAGUGAGAAAACCCAAGAUUUAUGUACUACACAAAAUGGUAUUGAAUCCAAUGAAAAAAGUCCUCUGCAUAUUAAGGGAGAAAAAGAAACAGAACUUACGCCUGAAGAUGGCAAUACUGGAAAUGAACCACACAAGACAGAGUCACAAAAUGGUUUGACUCAAUCACAUGUUGAGUCUUUGACAAAUGGCACCUCUGAUUUAGUCAAAUCACCACAAAUACAGAAUGGUCAUGCGGAGAUAGAACCUAUAAGUAUUACUCUUAACGACAUGGAAAAUGGUUAUGAUAGUAUAAUGAGUUUGCCUGAACCACCACCCACCACAGAUGAACAACUAAAUAGUGAUUUAAGUGAACAACAAUUGGAUUCCUUACCACCACCACCGCCUCCAGAAAUAUUCAAUUUAAAAGACUUGCCACCACCGCUAACCAAUGGCAAUGCAGAUUCUCCCCAAAGCGAAGAGUCCACCAAUUUUUACAAUACAUUACCACCUCCACCACCAACUACACUGGAAGUAACUGCCUCAGCAGAAACCACAACAACAGCAACAACAAAUGGCAAAGUCCAUGCAUCACCCUUAACACCUCCUGCAUCACCGCCAGCUCAUUUUACAAAUAAUCUGCAUGCUGGACUCUGCUCACAGCCCAUUGCUGUAGAUGUUAAUGGCAGUUAAUGCAUUAGACUAAUCCAAUAUUCCAAUUAAAAUAUAUAAAAAAGAAAAAAACAAACAAUAACUGACUGAGGAGUUUUUAAUUCAAUACAAUUUUUAAAACAUUAAAAAAAGAAAAAAAUCAAAAAAAAAAAAAACUUGCAAAAUAAAUAAAAUAAAAAUAUUUAGGUAGGCAUUUACACGGUAAAAGCAACGAAAAUAAUAAAACAAAAUGGAACUGAUUCAAAACAAAACACGGAAGUAAUAAAAAUAAAAAUUAAAGGGAAACGAAAACGAGUAGUAGUUAGACCAUAAGUUUUUACUAUAAACUCUUAAAAUUUAAAUAUUUACGGUAAUAAAACCCAAAAUAAAAGAAAAAAGAGAAAAGAAGAAAAUUAAACAGAGAAAACAAACUGCUACAAGCAGAGUGCCAAAAACAUAAAAAUGUACUUAUCCCCCUUCAAUAUGAAUAAAUUUAAUCUACAUAAUAAAUUUUAUUUUUUUUUAUUUUAUUACAAAAAUACAAUAUAAAUAUUAAUAAUAAUGAUAACAAAAAAAAGUAGGAAUUUUUUUAGAUAAAACCCUCUUACUUAACUCUUUAAAUAUUAAAAUAAUAUUUUCUAUGAUUUUAUUUAAAUUUAGGUCAACUUUAACUCAGCCAAGCCAAAAACCCCCUACAAAUAAAUUAAUAAUGUAAAACCUUCUUUAAAUAUUUAUAAACAAAAAUGUAGUCAAUCCUUUAAAAAGUACUAAAAGAAUUUGUUGUUAAAUAAAUUUAACUUUAAACAAAAAAACCAAAAAGAAAAAAAAAAACAAAUGUAUUGUAUAAUUUUUUCCAGUGUAGUUUUAGUGUAAUCAAAUUUAAGCCUAGUGUUGCAUUCCCAAAACAAAAUUGGAAUUAAAAGUAAAUAGUAUAACAAGCGAAGCAAAAAAACAAAACUUUAGUAUAUUUAAAUUGAAAUCCUUUAAAUCCUCUCCACUAUUAAUGUCUAUGCUAUUUAAAAUGAAACAAAUGAAAAAAAAAAAAACUAAAAUAAACAAAAUGUUGAAUUAAAUCUUUUAAGUAGUUUUAAAAUAAUUAAUAAUUUGCCUAUAGUAAACCGUAAAAAUUAAAUGAACAGUAAUGCAAUUUUCAAUUCCAUAUAGCGAAAAUGGUGGUGUUAGGGGUUUGUUAGACAUUUUCGGGGUAAUAAUUUUAGGCAAAAAGUGAUGUGUUUUUUUAUUAUAAUGUGUUUGUUUAGAAAAGUUCCAACCAGAUAUGUACUUUCAGUUUAAUCUUGUGAGUUUUAAAUGACUGAUUCUACGAUCAUUUAUAAGCUUGUUGUUCAACAUUUUCAGCUUUCAAGAUAUGAGGCAUGAACUUGAAUUGGCUUUAUUCACAAACAAUUCUCUUUUUGAUUACCACCGAUCUUGAAAGCAAAGAUUAUAAGAGUGAAUUUUUCCUUUCUUUGAUCUGAAGCAGGUUUUAACAGAGAGCUAUAAAUUAAAUUCUCUGACUGAUUUACUUGAAAUUUCCUUUAAGAGAUCUUAUGAAAUAGCUCAAAUCCGAAGAAAUACACCUAGGCCACUAUCGGGCCUGUCGUGCGCUCCUUUUCAUGAAAAAAAAAAAUUUCACU